ACCCGGUAACGGACCCGGUCCCUCCGCUGUGUGUCCGCUGCUGCAGGACGCUGCUGUCCGCUGUCUCCGCCAUCCGGGCACUCUGACAGGACUGUAACAUCCGGGCACUCUGACAGGACUCUGAUAUCCGAGGAUUACCGGGGAUGUUCCGGUGUUUCUGCCGUUAGCUGCCGAUCAGAAAUCACACAAAGACAGGACACAAAAAACAAGUUUAUUAAAAUUCAUAAACAUCUCAACUUCCGGUGCCAGUCCGUGACGUAAGCUCCGCGGGACGAACGCUGUAGUUUUAAUGCGGAUGUGUGGAACGACUGCUUGCGAGCAGUGGGACUACAGUACCCAGAGUGCACCGCGGCGGACAGAUUGUAAACACUAAUGGAGACUGAAGGACGAAGAGACUGAUGAUUGUAUUUGUGCGGUACCAGUGCGGCCCCCCCCUGCCUGUGGAGCUGGGGGCCAGCGUCUCUGAUCUGAAGGAACUGGUGGGGGGGCAGCAGGGAGUCUCAGCGCACAGACUCAGGGUGCUGUUUGCUGGGAGGGAGCUGAGAGACUGCUACACCUUACAGGAGUUCUACAUGAAGUGUGCGUCCCAUCCAACCUCUGAUGACGACCUCUCUGUGGCCCUCAACCUCAUCAUGACCAACAGCAGAGAUGUCCCCUGCAUCGCCUGCACCGACAUCAUGGACGUGGUGGUGGUGUUCCAGUGUUUGGAGCGUCAUGUGAUCUGUCUCGACUGUUUCCGUGGUUACUGUCAGACUCGACUGAACGAGCGACAGUUUGUGUACGACCCUGUGAUUGGCUACUCUCUGCCGUGUGCCGCCGGCUGCGCUGACUCUCUCAUUAAGGAGUUGCAUCAUUUCAGGAUUUUGGGAGACGAUCAGUAUGGGCGGUACCAGCAGUACGGGGCGGAACAGUGCCUGCAGCUGAUUGGAGGGCUGCAGUGUCCGUCAGCAGGCUGUGGGGCGGGGCUUCUGCCGUCUGAUGGCGGCCGGAGGGUGGAGUGUGACCGCCGGCUCGGCUGUGGCUUCGUCUUCUGCCGACUCUGCCGGGAGCGCUACCACGAGGGGGCGUGUCUUACAGCGCAGGCCCCGCCCACAGCCGAGGCCGCACAGGGCUUUGUGUCGGGGGAGGAGGCGUCCCUCAGAGCGAGAUGGGAUGCAGCCUCGCUGCUCCUGGUGCAGGAGUCGACUAAACGCUGCCCGCGCUGCUCGGUUCCUACGGAGAGAGACGGCGGCUGUAUGCACAUGCGGUGUCCUCUGUGCCAAGCCGAGUGGUGUUGGCUCUGCCGAGUCUCCUGGAACACCGAAUGUAUGGGGAACCACUGGUUCGGAUAAACACACAGACAGACAGACAGACAGACACAAAGGAAUCAAACCAGCGACGUGAAACGUCUGUUCCCUGACACUGUUUAACUCUUCCUGUGUAUUCUGUCUGUCUCAUUAAAAUAUGUAUUUAUUUAAAUAAAAGAGUUUGACUGUU